AUGAUGGCGCUCGAUAAGAGCAUGAAAAAAAAUAACGGAGAUGAAAAUAAAUCCCUGGAAAAAAAAAUGGCGAAUCUGACGACGAAUGACAAUUCGGAUGCGGCGGAAACGGGAAACGGUGAUAAACCUCUGCCGAACGUAAAACAACCCAAAGUCGUCGUUUCGAAGGAAAAAUCUUCGCUUUCCGCCGCGAGUAAAAGACCAUCGUCCUCGAGGUGUUUGUCCAACUUGGCCAAGAUAAACGAAGACGAAACGAACGAUGAUUCGUUUUCGAAGCCCAACAUGAAAAUCGAAUCGAACUUGAAAAAUUUAUUCGUGCCGUUCAAUAAUAAUAAUAAUAAUAGUGGUAGCAGUAACAGUUCGAAACGAGGAUUUAAAAUUUUUCCGAGGAGUUUGUCGAACGCGUACAAUUCGAGAGGACAGAGAACGAUGGUUUUGGAAGUGAAAACGGAUCCGAGCACUUGUUGCGUUCACAGGAAAAGUGCGUCGAAAAACGGCGGUAAAAACAAUUCGAGGAGGUGCGUGACGUCACAGUACGUGGCACUCGGCGACGGAAACUGGAGUCUCCAAAGCCCGAGUAAUUUUCAGGCUUUGCUCACGGGAUCUUGGACUUCCAUCGGGAAAAGCACCGUUUUCGGUUCCAGACCGUCUGCCGUAAAUGUUAAUAAAAAUUCAUCAUUAUCAUCAUCAUCACAAAAUUACGUUUCGUCGAAAACGGGAUGUUUUUCAAAGGUUUCCGUACCCGUAACGCAACCCGUCAAUGGAAAUUCGAAUUACGACGAAAACGAUGAUCAUUGCAACGUCGUUAAGAUAUGGAUAUUUUUGGGUGAACCACUCGGGAAAAUGCAUGUUGGUUAUCAUCAUCGAACUGUUCUUAUUUGGUCGUUUAGUCUUAGUUUCGUACGUUGA